GAACAGGGUGUCAGUUUGUCAACGGGCACAUUCUAAUCUGGCCUUUCGCCCAAGAGAACUUAAAGGACAAUUAUCCUUAUUUGACGAUAUAAAUACCUAAUUGGAUAAGAGCUCAAUUGAGGAAAUACUGUUUCACCCUGAAGUACAAGGUUGCAUGUCAGCAGAGGAGGGAGACAUACAAAACAUGGCGGACCUCGAGAGCAAGGAAGUUACAGGUCCAAGCACCGUAGUUGCAAAAGAAGAGCAACCCCUUCAAACUACCCAAGAGUCUACUGCAUCGGAACCCGCAGUGUCUACUCAUGUAACUAGCUUUGAAUUCAAGGAACAGGCAGUUGUUUCACAAGGCAUGGAGCGGGGCCAUUGGGCCUGUAAUGCAGAGUUUAUUAUGGCCGCGUUGGCCGUCACCACAGAUUACAGUCUCAUUUGGAGGUUCCCCUUUUUGUGUUACAUGAACGGAGGAGUUGUCUUCAUGAUCCUGUACGCCAUCUUUCUCCUUCUGAUCGGAGUCCCCAUCUUCUACAUGGAUCUAAGUCUGGGGCAGUUCUGCGGCAGAGGCCCAGCCCACAUCUGGAACUUCAGUCCACUCCUCAGAGGUGUAGGCGUGGGAAUGGUCGUCGUGAAUGCAGUGAUUCACCCAAUGUAUGGCGUCAUCCCGUCAUGGGGGAUGUACUACCUCUUCCAGUCAGGGUCCACCGCCCUGCCAUGGUCAACCUGCAGUAACUCCUGGAACACCCCAUCAUGCGUCGAAGGUCAAACCCUACCCUUUAAUGCGAGUGGAAACUCCUACGUGUUUGGUAGCCCGUCGACCCCUGGGCUAGAAUACUUUAAUAAUCGAGUCUUGCAAAUUUCCUCUGGAAUCGAAGACCCCGGGGGACUUCAGUGGGAGCUGGUCGGAUGUAGGUUCGGCACCGUGGUUCUCAUAUUUGCUGCUUUGUUCUGGGGAGUUAAGGUUAUUGGAAAGGUGGUGUUCGUCACGGUGCCACUCAUCUUCGUCCUCCUUCUGACACUGUUUAUAAGAGGCAUGACGUUACCCGGAUCACUGGAGGGUAUAAGGUACCUCCUCUAUCCCUCCUUGGGGCGUCUUUUGUACAAAGAGACGUGGAGCUCUGCAUUUCUCAGUGCAAUGUAUACAACAGGGAUGGCAACAGGCAUCAUCAGCACUCUGGCAAGCUACAAACGCUUCACCUCUUCAGCACUGAGAGACUCCUUUAUAGUGUAUGGUGUAACGCUGGGCCUGGGUAUUGUUACCAGUGUUAUGAUGUUUGGCUUCUUCGGGGCUCUUGCACAGAUUAAAGGUGUGGGGAUAAAUGAAGUUGUAGCUUCGGGUCCAGGAGCAGUGUUCGUUGCAAUGGCGGAAAUGAUUGCACAUCUUCCAGUACCCAACUUCUGGAGCUUUAUAUUUUUCUUCAUGCUCCUUUUGAUGGGAGUCAACAUACAGGUCCUUGGUGCAGAGGUUGUAAUAACGGCAGUGCUUGAUAGUUUGCCUCGCCGAUCUCGGCUGAUAAGACUCGCCAUCACCGCAGCCAUCUGUGGCGGUUCCUUCCUCUUAACCCUUCCUUACCUUGCCAAGGGCGGAGUGUACUUUUUCACUAUGGUCGAUGUCAGUGUUAUGAGGCUUUCUUUCUUUAUACUUGGUUUCCUCCAGUUCCUGACAGUCGGAUGGAUAUAUGGUAUGGAUCAGUUUAGCAGAGACAUCAAGAUGAUGACCGGUCUACGACCUCCUGUCGUCUUGAAGUUCAUCUGGUGUUUCGUACUUCCUCUCCUUAUCCUGUUGUUGUUUUUGCUGUCGCUUAUACAACAUUACCGGCUUACUUAUGAAAGCUACAGUUUCCCCGUGUGGGCUGAAGUGAUGGGCUGGUUCAUUUCCCUGCUGCCACUCGCACCGAUUCCAGUGUUUGUUGUGGUCGCGAUCAUUUUUACUGGUAAUCAGCCUCCUAUGAGUCCAAAGCCCGACUGGGGCCCAGCUGACCCAGCCUACCAGGCGGAGUAUGACAGGCAGAGGUCCCGGAACAUAACGCUGACAGAAAGAAUUAUGGCAGUCUUCAGAACCUGAUGUUAUCGUUGGUCUUUGAAACGUGUUUUUCUUCAUUCUGGAUGAACUUAAUUUCUUCAUAAAGACUUCAUAUAUCUAUUUCAAUGAUAAUAUCCAUAAUAUUGCAUGCAAACACAAAAAUAAUCAUAUUUAACACAAAUCUGUAUUAUUUGUUGUGUUAAGUAAACAAUGUUGCCUCAUUCUGUCACGGAUUCUCAAUGUUACUGAAAAGAGUCUGUUAAUUGGAUCAGCUCGUGGGAGUUAUUGUCAAGAAUUAGGAUAUCUCCUGUGCUGUUUGUGGAGGUUUGGGCCAUGUCAGAGCUCGGUCUCCUGUGUUGGUUGUGUUGAUACCUCGAGGCCAUGCCAGAGCUCGGUCUCCUGUGUUGGCUGUUGUGAUACCUCGAGGCCAUACCAGAGCUCGGUCUCCUGUGUUGGUUGUUGUGAUACCUCGAGGCCAUACCAGAGAUCGGUCUCCUGUGUUGGUUGUUGUGAUACCUCGAGGCCAUACCAGAGCUCGGUCUCCUGUGUUGGUUGUUGUGAUACCUCGAGGCCAAGUCAGAGCUCGGUCUCCUGUGUUGGUUGUUGUGAUACCUCGAGGCCAUGCCAGAGCUCGGUCUCCUGUGAUGUAGGUUGUGACACCUCGAGGCCAUACCAGAGAUCGGUCUCCUGUGUUGGUUGUUGUGAUACCUCGAGGCCAUGCCAGAGCUCGGUCUCCUGUGAUGUAGGUUGUGACACCUCGAGGCCGUGCCAGAGUUCGGUCUUCUGUGUGAGUGCAGGUGAACAGCUUCUCACGCACCACUGAAGUGGAGAAGGGUGUCCUACCUCACCGAGAAUCAAGUGACUACUGAUAAAAUUGAUACAGGCCUGGCUCCUUAACACUCCCCUGUUGAUAAUAUUUCAGAAUGUUCCUGUCAGCUAUUAGGAAAUGUGAUUUGGAACCUGUUACCAGUGUCUCAGGACAGACGAGGACGUAGUAAUGUUUGCUUUUAUAUAAGUUUACAGUAACAACAGGACAUCCACCAUGGAACAUCCACAGCUGUCUGACUAUCGCUUAACUGCGUCAUUUGAUGUGGUAUCCGUAACGUGACAAUGUUUGAAGAUGAUUUGAAUUUUGAGCUGUAGUAUGUCGUGAGCCUAUUGGCGUUGCUGUCUGCUGCUACAAUAACUUAAAUGCAACCAACAGUCAACAUGGGCACUUCAGUAUGAACCUGUAUCCUUUUCUGUCUUACUGUCCAUAGUGUGAUAAAUUACAGGCAUGCAUUCAUAAACACUGUAUGAAUAAACCAUUUCUGUUCUUG